AUGUUUCCUGGCUUCCAUUUACGACUCACAGUUGACUCUCUGACAAAGGAUUUGCGAUUGCAAGCGUCUGUUACAGGCGUCCUAGGGUCCAUUAUCCCACUGCAGAUGGACAUGACCGACGAAGAAGCUGUCAAGGCCGGCGCCAAUUCGUACAUCACAACCCCAUUCUCUUCCAUACACCAAUCUCUUCCCAAUGCCGGAUUUGCUGGCUCCCUUCGUGAUCCAGACUUUACCACUAAACAGCACGCGGCGACAGAUCCUCUCGAACCCGAGACCAUACAGAACUGGGUCGAUAUCUUCGCAUUAAACGCCAUCGCCCCAUUUUUUGUCGCCCGCGCCUUCCAAUCCCUCCUCAUCAAAGGAGCAUAUUUCCGCCCCCGAGGCACCUCAAGCAUCAUCAACAUCAGCAGCAUCGCAGAAAGAAUCAACACACCGGGGCCCUGAGCAUGGCUUAUGGUGUGACGAAACCAGCCUUGGACAAGCCCACCCUUGUUCUUGGGACGAGUUUUGCUGUGAGAG